AGUGUACCCAAAACGUUCCAUUAUAAUUCAACCAUUCCAGCCAAUUUCCCUUCCUUUUUUCUCACGGAAAUCUGUUUGUUGAUCAGCUGGACCCAAUAAUUCUUCUUCCGGAUUUACCCUUGUCUGCGCCCCCCGUAAAAUUGAUUUGAUGCUUUCCAGCCAUUUUUGAAGAUACUGGAUCUUUGCAUUACCUGCAAUAGUGUUAUUUAUUUGAGUUGUAGUAUGCAGCAGAAGUUUGAACGACCUAAAUAUUUUGCAUUUCUCGCUUCAUAGCCAUUCUUCACAAUAACACAACCACGUCCAGAUAUAUUUCAUAUUGCCUUUGUAAGAGGUUACUAAUGGGGACAGAGCUCAUGAGAACAUGUGUCCAAGAAGAUAACGAUGAGUUUCCAUCAGUUCCACCUGGCUUUGAGUCAUAUACUUCUUCCUCACUGAAUAGGGGGGAAGGCAUUGAGAAGCAGAAUGAUAACAACAUGAUUAGUUUUUCCGUCUCUACAAGUGUUUCUAAUUGUAAACUACAGUCAAUUCAGCCUAAAACUGAUGUUCAAGUUAGUGAUAGUGCAAAGGUUCAUAGGUCCCUUCGACGAAGACGAUGGAUCAACCAUGGAGAUAACAGUUCAGAGGAAGACUCUGAUUCUGAGCGGCUUGAUCAAAAUUUUUCCUCAGUGCCUUGCCUUCCAAAGGGAGUUAUCCGUGGAUGUCCAGAUUGCAGUAAUUGCCAAAAGGUUAUCGCCAAAUGGAGACCAGAAGAUGCUUGCAGGCCUGCCCUUGAGGAUGCUCCUGUUUUUUACCCAACUGAAGAGGAGUUUCAAGAUACCAUGAAAUACAUAGCAAGUAUUUGUUCCAGAGCAAAACCAUAUGGCAUUUGUCGCAUUGUUCCCCCUUCAUCUUGGAAGCCCCCUUGUCCUCUUAAGGGGAAGACAAUAUGGGAGGGUUCUAAAUUUGCUACUCGUGUUCAGAGGAUUGAUAAGCUUCAGAAUCGUGAUUCAAUGAAAAAGAUGUCAAGGAUUCAUUUUAAUUCCAGACGGAAAAGGAAAAGAUGCCCUAGAAUGGGAUUGGAUAAUGGCAGUAACAGAGGACCUAAUGCAGGAUUUUGUGAGAUUGAAAGGCCCUUUGGGUUUGAACCUGGCCCAGACUUUACUUUGGAAACAUUUCAGAGGUAUGCAGAUGAAUUUAAGGCCAGAUACUUCAGAAAGAAUGAGAACAUAUCUAAUAUGGGAGGUAAUACAACAAUGUCAAAAGAAUGGGAGCCUUCUGUGGAGAACAUAGAGGGUGAAUAUUGGCGAAUGGUGGAGAGACCUACUGAAGAAAUUGAGGUGCUUUAUGGAGCUGACCUGGAAACUGGGGUUUUUGGGAGUGGUUUUCCCAAAAAGCAUAGUGAAGUUGGUUCUGAUUCACACUCAGAGUACAUAAAGUCUGGCUGGAAUUUAAAUAACUUUGCUAGGCUUCCUGGAUCUCUACUUUCAUAUGAAAGCAGCGAUAUAUCUGGUGUUGUGCCAUGGUUGUAUAUAGGAAUGUGUUUUUCUUCCUUUUGUUGGCAUGUGGAGGAUCACCAUUUAUAUUCAUUGAAUUACAUGCAUUGGGGUGCUCCAAAAAUGUGGUAUGGUGUUCCUGGCAAAGAUGCUUGCAAAUUGGAAGAGGCCAUGAGAAAGCAUUUACCGGACCUUUUCAAAGAACAACCUGAUUUGCUUCAUAAGCUGGUCACUCAGCUUUCUCCUUCUAUCCUCAAGUCUGAAGGAGUGCCUGUCUAUAGGUGUGUCCAGAACCCCGGAGAGUUUGUUCUGACAUUCCCUCGAGCGUAUCAUUCUGGAUUCAAUUGUGGCUUCAACUGUGCAGAGGCUGUUAAUGUAGCUCCAGUUGACUGGCUGCCCCACGGGCAGAUUGCCAUUGAGCUAUACCAGCAGCAAGGUCGUAAGACUUCUAUAUCUCAUGACAAACUGUUGCUUGGGGCUGCUAGGGAAGCAGUACGAGCACUGUGGGAGCUUGAUCUGUUGAAGAAGAAUACUUCGGAUAAUUUAGGGUGGAAAGAUGUCUGUGGAAAAGAUGGUGUUCUAGCAAAAGCACUCAAGACACGCGUUGAGAUGGAGCAAGUAAGGAGGAAAUUUCUCUGCAGUUCUUCACAGGCAUUGAAAAUGGAGAGCAGUUUUGAUGCCACAAGUGAAAGGGAAUGCAGUGUUUGCUAUUUUGAUUUACACUUAUCUGCAGCUGGAUGCCAUUGUUCCCCAGAACGAUAUGCUUGUUUGGAUCAUGCAAAGCAGUUCUGUUCAUGUGCUUUGGGUUCCAAAUUCUUCCUCUUCCGUUAUGAUAUUAGUGAAUUAUUCAUCCUCGUUGAGGCAUUGGAAGGAAAGUUAAGUGCAGUAUACAGAUGGGCAAAAGCAGAUCUUGGGCUGGCGCUAACUUCUUCAUUAUCAAAAGACAAAAGCCAAUGUGGUUACUUAAUUCAGUCUUCAAAGGAAACGAUGCUUCACAAGUUGAGAUUAGAUUCAUCAGAUCCGUCUGGUUCUUGCGGCACUAUGCUUAAGGAGAUGACAUUGCAUCCGUCAUUUGCUUCUAUUGAAGAUUCUCAUUUGAUAGAUGUCCCAAUAGAGAAUCUGAUGACUUCUGCAAAAAGCAUUGAUCAGGGUUUUAUAAAACUAAGAAAAUCAACAGAAGAUGUGAUUUCCUUGGGUUAUUCAAAAGAACUGUCUACAUCUAAUGGCUGGACAACCCCAUGUGAGAUGACUAGUCACGAGACAUAUUCUGAGAAAGAAUCAAUUAUGUGCGAAUCUGCUGUUGGGAAUCCAGUAGGGGAGACUUCAUAUUCUUUGCCUCUUCCUUUAGCUGAACAUGGACCUAAGAAAACUCCUUAUGGACAAGAUAAUGUUAUACUUCUUAGUGAUGACGAAACUGAUGAACCUAAGAUGACAGAAACAGAUAGCAAGAAAGAGCUUUCUCAAAGGCUUAUAGGUUCUUGUGAGAGACUAGACCCAUGCAAUUGUAAAGAAGAUCCAGACAGGACUAUCCCACCCAUUGUCUCACUGGCCGACCCUGAUGUCAUGGAUGCUACUCUAAAGGUUGGGAAUGAUGUGUCUCAUGAAAAUAUGAGUUCUCACUCAGCUUAUUUGCAUGCAAAACGGGAACAUGAUAUAAUUAAGGGGGCAGUUUUAGAUUCUACCCUAGUGGAUUUCUCCUGCAAUACCGGUCAUGGUAGUGCAGAAUCAGUCAGACAAAUUCAGGCUUCCUCAACGGGAGAGAGUGGAGAUCAUUGUCUGGGUUCUUCUGAGAGUCGUCCUUUGAAUCCAGAGCAUUCUGGGAGUGUCAAGCCUAAGAACGAGGACAACCAUGAGAAGAUUGGAGUAUGUAGUGCAAAUAAUAGUAGAGUUGUUAACGGAAACCUGUCUUGCAGUCCAAACAAUUUGGGAAGAUACUAUCGUCAGAAAGGUCCUCGGAUAGCAAAGGUUGUCCGGCGUAUCAACUGCAAUGUUGAGCCUCUAGAAUUUGGAAUUAUAUUUUCUGGAAAGUCAUGGUGCAACAGUCGGACUAUAUUUCCAAAGGGAUUUAGAAGCCGUGUAAGAUACUUAAGUAUCUUAGAUCCAACAAGUAUGUGUUGUUAUAUUUCAGAAAUUCUUGAUGCUGGACGGGAUGGGCCUCUGUUUAUGGUGUCCUUGGAACAUCACCCAAAUGAGGUCUUCAUUCAUAUUUCUGCCGGUCGAUGCUGGGAACUGGUAAGAGAGAGAGUGAAUCAAGAGAUCACAAGGCAACAUAAGCUGGGAAAAAAGGACCUUCCUCCUUUGCAGCCACCUGGAAGCAUUGAUGGCUUUGAAAUGUUUGGGUUUUCUUCGCCAGCAAUAGUGCAGGCUAUCGAGGCAUCGGAUCAAAAUCGCGUCUGCAAGGAAUAUUGGGAUUCACGGCCGUAUUCACGGCCUCUAGGGCAAAUUCAACAAGCCUCGCAGCCCAAAGAAAAUGGUGCUAUUGCGGAUAGGCCGUUCCAGGGGGAAAAUGUUCAAGGGGUCCUCAGGAAUCUGGUCAUGCCUGUUGGGAUAGAUGCAGUAUUAAGGAGCCUGUUCAAAAAGGCCGAUGAACAAGAAUUGAGCUCACUGUGCAGCAUUCUUUGUGACAAUAACAAUACUGCAGCUGACGGCAGCCUAAUUGUUCAACUUCUCAAUGAAGAAAUCAGCAGUCGUCCCAGAUGAUUCAUUUCCUGCACAUAACUGCGCCUAAAAUCUAACUGCAUGUAAAUUCUUGUUUCUGCUUUGAGGUUGCGCAUGGUUAUCCAUACAACCUGUUCUGAUUUUUCCCCCCGGCUACCUGACGGAGGGCAAAGAGGGGAAAAGGAUUUUCAAAAAGCCAACAGAAAGGACCAAUGAGAGAAAGUGAAAACGGAAAAUACCUUUUUUACCUUUUUAAGUUUUUAGCCUUUGAAUUUUUUUUUUUUUUUUAAAAAAAGGCAGCUGGGUGGGGUGAAAAUUACUGUGGACACCUCUGGUAUGUCUAUAUACGAAGAUCUGAGAGGAGUGCCGGCCGUAAUAGUUUUCUUGGUUCCCGCAGUAUUGUGUAUUAUACAGGGCAAAGCGAUGUUAGGUUUUUAUUGACAUUCAUUCAUGUUGGGAAAUGUGAACCGUGCAUUUGUCGUUAGAAUAACAUUAACUUAUUCUCGAAGGAGAGAUUUUA